AGCAGAAGCCCUAGAAUAGCAAGUUCUUAAAGCCCUUGAAGGACUCGUGAACUCUGGGAAAAAAAAGAGGAAGGAAUAAACCCUAGACCAAGAAAAUGCCUGAAAACGGGAAGAAGUACGCUGAUGUUGGUGACGAUUAUGAAGAUUCGAGUCCUUCUCAACGGAGAGGUGGAAGUCCUAACGAUCACACUGAUUCUAAAUCUCAGCAUGUUUCGCGUGGAUCUUCGAAAAGUAGGGAAAGAGAAAGAGAGAAUGGGAGAGAAAAGGAGAGGGAAAGAGAUAGGGGAGGAGAUAGAGAGAAAGAGCGUGAACGUGAGAAAGAUAGAAGUAGUCGCCGUCACAGAGAUCGUCAUGAAGACCGGGGUGGUGAUAGAAGGGAACGGGAUCGGGGUGGUAGAGAUGACGUGGAUGAUUACCAUCGAAGUCGAAGCCGUGAAUUUGAAAGGCAUCGAGAUUAUGACAGAGAAAGAGAAGGCCGACGUCAUAAGCACCGUUCUCGAUCUCGUUCAAGAGAAAGAUCCAGUCAUAGGUCACGAUCUCGUUCCCGGUCACGAUCAAAGAGUAAACGAAUUAGUGGCUUUGACAUGGCUCCUCCCUCAACUACAAUGCUAGCGGCCGGUGUUGCUGCUGCUGCCGCUGCUGCAGGUCAAAUAUCUGCUGCUACAUCAAUUCCUGGAAUGUUUCCUAAUAUGUUAGCGUUAACGCCGGGACAGCCAUUCACAACCCUCCCCAUGAUGCCCGUUCAGGCUAUGACCCAGCAGGCUACAAGGCAUGCGCGACGGGUGUAUGUUGGUGGCCUUUCUCCAACAGCCAAUGAACAGUCUGUUGCUACUUUUUUCAGUCAAGUUAUGUCUGCAAUUGGGGGAAACACUGCUGGCCCAGGGGAUUCUGUUGUCAAUGUGUAUAUAAACCAUGACAAGAAGUUCGCUUUUGUUGAGAUGAGAUCGGUUGAGGAAGCUAGUAAUGCGAUGGCUUUGGAUGGGAUCAUUUUUGAGGGUGGGCCAGUGAAGGUGAGGAGGCCUACUGAUUACAACCCUUCGCUUGCUGCCGCACUGGGCCCAAGCCAGCCUAAUCCUAAUCUUAACCUGGCUGCUGUUGGGCUGACACCAGGCUCUGCUGGAGGACUUGAAGGUCCCGACCGCAUCUUUGUUGGUGGGCUCCCAUAUUACUUCACAGAAGCACAGAUUAGAGAGUUGCUUGAAUCUUUUGGUCCCCUUCGUGGUUUCGAUCUGGUGAAGGACAGGGAAACAGGGAACUCUAAAGGAUACGCCUUCUGCGUUUACCAGGAUCUCUCAGUUACAGAUAUUGCUUGUGCUGCUCUAAAUGGUAUUAAGAUGGGUGAUAAAACUCUUACUGUUAGACGAGCGAACCUGGGCACCACUCAGCCAAAACCUGAGCAGGAAAACGUAUUAAUACAGGCACAACUACAGGUUGCAUUGCAGAGGCAGUUGUUCCAAACUGGAGGUGGUCUAGGUGGUGGUAAUGGAGGUGGCCUUCCUCCUACCAAGGUCGUAUGCCUGACAGAGGUGGUUACUGCAGAUGAGCUUAAAGAUGAUGAAGAAUAUGAAGAUAUUCUGGAAGAUAUGAGGGUAGAAGGUGGAAAAUUUGGUACAUUGAUGAAUAUCGUCAUCCCGCGUCCACAACCUAACGGUGAACCAUCUCCAGGACUUGGAAAGGUUUUCUUGGAGUACAACGACGUUGAUGGGUCAAGUAAAGCCCGAGCUGGACUUAAUGGAAGGAGAUUUGGUGGAAAUCAAGUUGUGGCUGUUUUUUACCCGGAGAAUCAAUUUGCCGAGGGGAUUUACGAUGCCUAACUUGUGCAAUAGGGAGCUAGCUUCUGGCUUAAGUUCUAACUUAACUUUCACCUCUUGUCUUAUUGUGAUUUUCCAUCCCUUUCUAGUCUUGUACAGCUUUUUUUUCACUGGAAUUUGUGCCAUAACACUUGCCUUUAAGACUUUCUAGAUUUGUUUCCCCAAGUUGAUAGCACCUUUCUGUAGUUUAAAAUCCUUAAACAACUUAAACUCUGAAAUGAUUACUUAUUGUGUGCUUGUGUUUUCUCUUUAAGAA